AUGGUUGAGGCUAGAAGACGUUUCAAGGCCAAAUUGAGGUGGUGUCAGAACAGGCAGGAACAAAUUAAAAUGAAUAUCCUCGCUACUAAUCACCAUCGUAAAGACUUUAAGAACUUUUGGAAAACGACAAAUAAAAUGAAUAUUAAGCCCAGCCUCCCCGUGUGCGUUGGCGGUGUUACUGACCACAAGCAGGUAGCGGACGCUUUCAGGGUGCACUUCUCUGUGCGCUCGCCUCUGACUUCGUCCGAUCCGAGAAUGAGCGAUACUGAGACCAUGAUGAAUAAUCAAAACACUAAAAUACCAGCAAAAUUAGUGUCCAGAAUCAUCUCCAAAAUGCAACGGGGAAAAUCCCCGGGUCAUGAUGGUCUCAGUAUUGAACAUUUUAAGUAUGCGGGGGUUCAUUUGCCGCGAGUGCUGUCUCUGUUUUUCACUCUGUGCAUAGGCCACACCUACCUGCCCGAACCACUUAUGCGUACACUAGUAGUGCCUGUAGUGAAAAACAAAACGGGUGACACAUCCGAUAUGAACAACUACCGGCCCAUCUCUCUCACUACUACCGCGGCGAAGGUGCUUGACAGUGUGUUGAAUGGUUUCCUUGCCGAGUAUAUCGAGGUCAGCGAUGCUCAGUUCGGCUUUAGGGCAGGAGUAUCGACUGAGAGUGCCAUUUUUUGCCUUAAACACGCUGUCAAGUAUUACACCGCGAGGAGGACGCCGGUAUACGCGUGCUUCCUCGACUUGUCGAGGGCUUUUGACCUGGUUGCCUACGAUAUCCUAUGGAACAAGUUGAGGGGCUCGGGUGUGCCGGACCAGUACACCGCCCUCUUCAAAUACUGGUAUGCUCACCAGACAAACCGAGUGAGAUGGGUCGGUACACUGUCGGAUGAGUAUAUAAUGAACUGUGGCUUGAGGCAGGGGGGGUUGAGCUCCCCAUUACUGUUCAACCUUUAUGUAAAUCAGCUUAUCGAGGAACUGAGCAGCACUCAUGUCGGCUGCCACAUUGACGGAGUGUGUGUCAACAACAUAAGCUACGCGGACGACAUGGUUCUGCUCGGUCCCUCGAUAAGCGGACUUAGAGAACUCCUGUCGAUUUGUGAGAGAUACGCGGAGGCGCACGGCCUGAAAUAUAACUCAAAUAAGAGUGAAAUACUCAUAUUCAAGGCACCGAAACAACAGCCCAGGCGUGUGCCUCCAGUCUAUCUUAAUGGGGUGGCUCUUAAGGUCGUCGAUAGCUUUAAGUAUCUCGGUCACAUUGUAACCAGUGACCUACGAGAUGACAGCGACAUAGAGCGGGAGCGCAGAGCGUUGGCGGUGAGAAGUAACAUGCUCGCCCGCAGGUUUGCUCGCUCCACUGCAGACGUCAAAACAACUCUAUUUAAGGCGUUCUGCCAGUCUUUUUAUACGAGCGGUCUGUGGGUGUCAUACACGAGUCGAGCCUACAACGUUCUGCGCGUUCAGUAUAACAACGCUUUUAGGAUGCUGUUGCGACUGCCGUGGCGCUGUAGCGCAUCAGGGAUGUUUGCGGAGGCCCGUACUGAUGGCUUUCACGCUAUCAUGCGCAAAAAAGCCGUCUCCCUGCUGCAACGUGUUCGCGGCUCUCGGAACAGUAUCCUAAAAAUGAUUGCAAUGCGAUGUCCCUUGCGCACGGACCUCGCGGACCUGCGGUGGUGCCGGGGGACAAGGCGGAACGGGUUUGGAGCGGCGACGGCGGCGAGCUGCGCGGCGGGGCUCGCUCUCUUCUUCCCGAACCACCGGCGCACGCGCACGUCCACUAAAUAUUACCAAUAUACCAACAUUGUAAAAUCAUGUAUAUGUAGCUUUGAUUUAAAAGAAGCUAGUGACUGCGACUCGCGAAUCUCUAGUGGCAGAUCAUUCCACAAGUGCAUGGGUGUAGAUUUGAAGAUCGUCUGCAUAGAGGUGGAAGAGGCAGGUGAGGAGCGGAGUGAGGAAAUUAAUAAAAAGGGAGAAAAGGAGAGGGGAUAG